AAUAAGUAGUCUUAAAAAUUGAAGCUUGAAAAUUAAAACCCUUCAUUCUGUAUUUCUCAUCUCAUACCAUUACCAAAUACCAAUCAAUCACAAACAAAAUGGCAAACAUUUUGAAGAGCAGCAGUGGUGUUAUCCUCUCGUCUUUCUCUUCACGCACCACUACACUCUCACGAAUAACAACAACAACCCAUUACUCAUUUCUUCGCAAGUUCCCUUUUUUUUCACUCUCAUCUUCCUCACGCGCCAAAACCCUAUCUGGGUUCCCUUCAUUUUGCACUCUUUCUUCUGAUACAGUGACGGAAUCCAUAGUGAGUGAAAGCAAUGUCAAAGGUGAAAAUGACAAGAGUCUUAUUAAGGAUGCUGCUGGGUUGCUUGAUAUAAGGGUUGGUCGUAUUGUGAGGGCAUGGAAACAUGAUGAAGCUGAAUCUCUUUAUGUUGAAGAAGUUGAUAUUGGUGAGCCUGAACCUAGAAUUAUAUGUAGUGGCCUUGUCAAUUACAUUCCUCUUGAACAACUUCAGGUAUAA